GAUCACCUACAGCCAUGUUUCUUGGGGACUUCAAUUGAAAAACAACCCAUUGGGCUAACGUGGGGUUAAACACAACGUUAACGUUAGUUACAAAUAGCGGAUUUAUUCCAACCGUUGUAUCGCUUGUUUUAUUUGUGUGUCCUUGCUUUAGCUUUACGUUAGCCGCGGUGACUGGCGCGUAACGACGACCGAGGUCGUCAAAUGUCAAGACCACGGUCCGGCUCUCCACGAUACAGGAGGUUCCCGUGGGACGAACCAAACUUUAAUCCUCCAAAAGUCGGCGCAGAACUGGACGGGAGUCCGCCGGAGAGGAGCCGCCGCUCCCGAGAAGAGCCCGAAGAGCACUGGACCUCCUUCAGGGACGACAUGCACCACGAAGCCCAGAGGAGGAGCCCUCAUUUCCCAGAGGACCGGCAGUUUGGGCAUCAGCGCCUCCCGAGCCCGGAAGAGUUUUACCGCCGCAGGCUGUCGCCACAUCACAGUGUGGCGAGCUUCGAUGAAGAGCGAAGGCAUUCCCCUCUGCAGGAUGGAGGAGGAGGAGGAGAGAGGCGCAGAGGAGGCUUCAGAGAGCUCUUCCAGAGAUAUGAAAACAGGGCCACGUUGUCUCAGUCGCCGCUGAGGCUGGCGAGGGAGACGCUGCCGGCAACGCCGCGCUGUCACUCGGACCACCAGCAGAGGGAGACGGGGGGCGGCUGGAGGAAAGGGGAGCAGGGCAGAGGUCAAGGGAGGUUCAGGGACCUCAGUCCCGUUGUGAGGAUGGACGACCAACGAGGGGGAGCAGGUAGGGAGAGAGGAAGGAGGCCCGCACAGGGUCCGAACAGAGACCGGCGAAGAGAGGAUUCCCAUCAGGAGAGGAACCCCCCCUUUAAAAGGCAAAGGGGGGAAAUGGACGACGCCGCUCACCUUGGGUACAGGGAUGAGGAGGACUUUGGGGAACCGCGUUACUCGGUGGACCCCCCCAGGGACGAGCUCGGAGGCGGCGCCCGGCGCUCGGCGCCGCUCGUCGUGGAGCAUGAUCACGGCGUGGGGGGGGGGCUGCGGUGGGAACAGUUUGGCGAUCGCAGAGACGUCGACCCCGACUUUGACCCCGACUUCAACCGGCAGAGGAGCCCCCGCCCGGCGGGCGUCUCCCAGGAGCGUUUCAGGGCGCAGGGCGAUCGGGGGGACGCGAGAGGACGCCAUUUCCAAGACAGCUGGAGGGACUCUGACUACCACGAAGCCCGGAGGGACCCCGCGCCGCAGGGAGGACCCAACCCCCCGAGGCACGGCAGCAGAGACGCGCCCGCGAACCACCGGGGGAGGGGCGCACCUCACCCGCCGAGGGGGCAAUCGGGAAGAAGCGUAGCGCCCAGGAUUCAGCCCCGCCCACGCCCCUCACAAGGAUACCAAGAGCCUCCCAGAGA